CACACGUGUGGAGUGAGGUGUGGAAGCGUGCGGGAUUGUGGUCUGGGCUUAGGUGCGUGACGUUGGACUUGGACUGAUACCUCUCUCGUUUCUUCAUAUCGCAUCUCUCUCUCUUUUUCUCUUCUGAUCUGCUUCUCUUCUUUUGACCCACCCUUCAAUGCCUCUCACGCUCUUCAAUCCAUUCCCUUCUCUCCAAUUCUUUUGAGUGCGAUUCCCCCAAUUCCCACGCCGCACCCAAACCCUACGCCGCAAAAUGAAGUCCUCGCUCAGCAUGUUGCGCAAAAUCGCACUCCCCAAGAGCGUCUCCAAGGACAAGAAGGACUUCCACCCCGCCGUUAAGUUCCACGAACUCGCUCUCGCUGCCAAGGACAUGCAAGAUAUGAGAGAUUGCUAUGAUAGCUUGCUUUCUGCAGCUGCUGCUACACAAAACAGUGCUUAUGAAUUUGCUGAGUCGCUACAGGAAAUGGGUACUUGUCUACUGGAGAAAACUGCCUUAAAUGAUGACGAAGAAAGUGGUAAAGUUUUGGGGAUGCUUGGAAAUGUGCAGCUUGAACUUCAGAAGCUUGUUGAUAGCUAUCGAUCACACAUAGUACUGACAAUAACCAAUCCAUCAGAGUCUCUUCUUAAUGAACUAAGAACUGUUGAGGACAUGAAGCGGCAAUGUGAUGAAAAAAGGGACGUUUAUGAAUAUAUGAUUGCCCAACAGAAAGAGAAAGGAAAGUCAAAAAGUAGUAAAGGUGAAAGUAUCACCUCACAGCAGUUGCAAGCAGCUCAAGAUGAAUAUGAAGAGGAAGCAACACACUGUGCCUUUCGGUUAAAAUCGCUGAAGCAAGGCCAGUCACGUAGUCUUCUAACACAAGCAGCACGUCACCAUGCCGCUCAGCUGAAUUUCUUUCGGAAAGGACUUAAAUCACUAGAAGCUGUUGAGCCGCAUGUUAGGAUGGUUGCCGAACGGCAACAUAUUGAUUACCAAUUCAGUGGCCUUGAGGAUGAUGCUGGUGAAAAUAGUAAUGAUGAGGACGGGAAUGAUUUUGAUGCCAUUGAAGGUGGUGAGUUGAGUUUUGACUACAGAUCAAAUAAGCAAGGGCCAUAUAUUGUUUCCACAUCACCAAACUCAGCAGAGGUGGAAGAAUCAGGUCAUUCAUAUGUUCGAGCUUCAACUGCAGAAACUGCAGAGACAAGUUUAGACAAGAACCAAGGAGAUUUUAAAGUUUCAAAUAGAGAUCAUAGAGUUGGCAGUUAUUCAGCUCCAAUACUUGCAGAAAAGAAAUUUGACCCAGCUGAAAAAGUUAGACAACUUAUAUCAGCAUCUGCAGCAAAGUCUAAUGCAUAUGUACUUCCUACACCUGUUAACAUCAAAGAAACCAAAACUAGCACAGCCCCCCGCACCAGUGCAAGUGGAUCUUUGCAUAAUUUGUGGCAUUCUUCACCAUUGGAUGAAAAAAAGAGUGAGAAAGAUGUUGAUAAUAAAUUGUCAGAACCGACUAUCCCUAGAGCUCACUCUGUUCUCAAAGAAAGUAACACUGAUACUACAUCCACCCAGUUGCCACGCCCUUCAGCAGAGGGACUCUCACCUCCGCAAGUUGAUCUUUUCAAUGCAUCUGAUAAUAAGAAAAUAAAAAGACAAGCUUAUUCGGGUCCAUUGACUAAUAAACCAUUAUCAGUAAAACCUGUUUCUGGGGGUUUUGCACGUUUACCAGUGCCCCAGCCUUCAUCUCCAAAAGCAUCUCCUAAUGCUUCACCUCCCCUUGUCUCUUCACCCAGGAUAAGUGAGCUUCAUGAACUUCCUAGACCUCCUGGUAGUCAAUCUAGCAAGGUGGUGAAAUCUCGAGUGGGUCAUUCUGCUCCAUUAGUAUUAAAAAAUCCACAGGUUGCUGUGACGAAUAAAUUUCCUUCAGUUGUAUCCAGUGCAGCAUCUCCACUUCCAACUCCACCUAUAAUUGUCUCUAGGAGUUUUUCUAUACCCUCCAGUGGUCAGAGAGGUAUUUCAUUAAAUGUUUCUAAUACUAAGUAUUUGGAUACGCCCCAAGUUUCAAAGGUUGAUAAAGCUGCAUCACCUCCACUAACACCCAUGUCCCAGAGAGCAUCUAAUAUAUCUGACCUGGCUUCUCACUCUAGUGAAAUCCAAGGCUUUCUGUAGACUUGAAGCAUUCUUUGUCAAUUAUGUGGUCUGUGGCAUGUGUUUGUGAUCAGCAUUUUCAAUUGUUAUCUCAUUAUGGUUUACCUUGUCAGCUUAAUCUUGAUGGGAAACAAAUGUGAGUAUGAGGUUUUUCAGUGGAUGCAGGUGGGAGCUAAAUCUCAUGCUGAAUUCUGCUGAAUGAUUCUUAGUUCAAGUGUUUUUAUUCUAUGCAUGUGGGAGCUAAAUCACUUGCAUUGUGGAGUUAUAGGGUUUUGCCCAACAAAAAGUUCAGGCAAUUAUAUGUAAAUAUACUGUUUAUGUAUUGUUUAGCUUCUCAUCUCAAUUUGUAUCUAUUAUUUUUACUUUAACUAGUGAUGAUGGGAACUAAACUCUACAUGUUUGUGUCAUUAUAAUGUGUUGUGUAUAUAUUCGGAUGAAAAAUUUUGUUCACUUCCCCAAGUCCAACGUGACGACAAUGAAAGAACUUUAUCAACAGAAUGAGAUGCUUACCCCAUUUAUUUUUUCCCCCA